AUAUGUCAUAUUGAUAGUGUGUGUGACGCAAAAUGGCUGAACUAAAAAGGUUGAAAGUUUAAAUAAAUGCUUUUUUCUUUUGAGUAUUCGAAUAUUUUUAAAAUAGAAUUUCAGUUUUUUUUGCUAAAUUAUGGUUUAAACGUCUCGUAAAAUGGCGACAAGAUACGCAGACGUUGAGGUCGUGUCUCCAAAAAUAGUGUGGGAUCCGAAAACAGUGGAAAUCAAGACACUUUCUGUUGAAAAAACAUUAGCACCACUUGUUCAACAGGUAACAACUUUAGUCAAUCAUUCAAAGAAAAAACAUGGGAGUGGUAAAUCUAAAAAGGCUCCACGACUGGCUAAAGAGAUUGACUUAGCAAUUACCAGGCUGGUUAAAGUAGGAGAAGAAAUUGCUGUAGAUUUUCAAGAGAUCAAAGAACCAAUGUUGGAAGCCUGUAAAGAGGCCUCAGCUGCUGGUGAUGUAAUGAGGGCCUCAUCUCGUGAAUUUGCAGCUGAUCCAAUAACUGCACCAAAACGUAAUUCAAUGAUACGUGCAUCCAGAGCAUUGUUAUCUUCAGUCACCAGGCUCCUGUGUGUGGCAGACAUGGCUGACGUGUACAGGUUGCUAACAACUCUCAAACUGGUUGAUAAAAGAUUAAAAGAACUUGAAAAAGCGCAAACGUCUGCUGAUUUAGUUCAAUCAUUUAAGAAUUACGGUGAUGAUUUAAUAAAAUUAGCAAGGUUGGCUGGUAUUCGACAGGCUGAUUUGAAAGAUCUAAGACAUCGGGAAGAAAUGGCAGCAGCACAAGCCACAUUGAGGAAAUCGAGUAGAAUGCUGUUAACAGCAUCAAAAGCACGUUUGAAACAUCCUGAAGUGGAGUCUGCAUACAACAACAAAGAAUUGGUUUUCAAAGAAGUAAAACAUGCGCUGUCUAAAAUUGCUGACACAGCACAAGCGGUGGGGCGGGGUGAGCGACAUCCAUUUGAAGAAAUUGGUUUUCUUGCAAAUGCACUGGACGAAUUGAUGGCACAAUUAGAUCAAGAGCCUGAAGAAUUUUACGAUCGUAAAGUUCAGUCCACCCUGCAGACACUAGUAGAUGAUAUUGUUGGAGGAGCUUCAAAACUAGCUGAGACUGUGUGUACGAGAGAUGUCACAAGGGAAAAGAUAUUUACAGAAUGUAAAAAUGUGAAAUCUUCUUUGUCAACAUUGCUUGAAGAAUGCAAUGAGGAGAAUAAAGAUAAUCCAGAGGAAAUUGAUGCUGCAAUAGGAACAGUUGAAAAUGAUGUGAAGGAUUUGUCUAAACAGUUACGUAAAUCUGUCGCCGAUCAUUUGUCAGACUCUUUCAUGGAUGCCAGUUCUCCAUUAACAUUGCUUAUUGAGGCUGCAGAGACUGGUGAUCAGAAAAAAAUUAAAGAAUAUUCUGACAGGUUUUCCAAGCAUGCAAGAAAAUUAUCAGAGGUAUCCACAUUAGCUUGUACUUUAUCAGAUAACGCUGAAGGAGUCAAAAUGGCCAGGAUUGCAGCUAGACAACUCGAUCUUUUUUACCCGCAGGUUCUAAGUGCUGCGACCACACUCGGUGCACGACCACAUAGUAAAGUUGCGCAAGAAAACAUGGACACGUUUCGUGAUGUAUGGGAAGAACAAGUGAGGCUACUCACCGAGGCUGUAGACGACAUCACCACAGUAGAUGACUUCCUGAUCGUCUCUGAGGGUCACAUUUUGGAGGACAUCAACUUAUGUGUAAAAGCAGUGGACGAGCGUGAUGUUGAAGCAUUAGAUUUGAAGGCAGGCGCUGUUCGCAGUCGCAUCACACGAGUGAGAGAAGUUGUUUCAGCAGAAAUGGAGAAUUAUGAAAGUGGACCUUUUACAGAAGCAGUCAAUCGCUCUGUGCAUAUUAUGACAAAUAACAUAAUGCCACAGUUUGUUGAAUAUGUCGAAUAUCUGAUCGAAGCGUUAAGCCAAGCUACUUUAGUUACUGACACUGACAAGAACUCAUUUAUUGACGCUGUUAGACUUGUUUACGAAGGGAUGAGAGAUAUUAGAAAGUCUGUUGCAAUGAGGAAGGUAUGGACCCGGUACCUUAAGGGCUACAUGCGGUAUUACUUUGUGCUAACAAAUGGAAGUUUUUUUUUUAAGCCUUCGAGUGAUUCAGAGAGUGAAUCUGAAGACGAUUGGGAUCACGAAGAAACGUUGCUGAGCAAAAUGGCGGAUGCGCUAGCAAAACGCAAAGAAAAAUUUGCUUACCAGCAACUGAAAGCCGGAGGAAAGGUUCAGUUUGAACUUCAUAGUGAAGGGCGUGACGACCCAGGCUGUCAAGGUAUUGCGUCCAUAGUUGUAAAUGGUGUGGAGCAUUGUCCCAAAAAGCAAGGUCACAAUGUUGUUGUGUUAGAUAAGGUUGGAGAUGUUAUUUCCACCAAGGCUUUCGAUACGGCGGAACAUCGCGAGGGCGCUGCAAUGUCCAAGUACCUAGAAGAUAUACCUGAGGACCACGUUGCACUGAUUGCUGUUCAAGGAACAUCAGGGGAGGGUGUUAGCGCUGCAAAUUCCGCUUUGAAACGACUUGGUGCAGUGGAGCCUAUCAAUCCUGGACAUGGUUGUUCUUGGGCAUUUGCUGGUUACAAAGGAAAUCACCGCGAUAAAAGCUGGGUGUCGCAAAUUUACCGACCUCGUUACCAGGGUCCGGCCAUGAUUUCUGAUACGAUCAAUACACCCGCAGCGGACAUGGGCAAAAUAUUGGUAGAAAUCAACUCAGAAGGUGCUGAAGAUGAACCCUACUUACGAAACGCAUCUAUCAAAGUAAACGGAAUCGAAAGAUGCCCCGUGGGACGCGGAAUGAAUAUAGUAUUGCUGGAUAAUGCUGGCAAUUACUUAAUGUCGAAGAAUUUUGAUACUGCAGAUCCACAGAUUGGUCCCAGUGAGGGCUACAAAAUGAAAUUGUUUCUUGAUAAUCUUCCCAAUGGAAGAAUUGUUUGCUUGUCAUCUUUAGAAAACGUUGGCGAUGGUAUGAAAGAGAUUGUUCCCGCUCUCCUUAACAUUGGCGCAGAACUACCUCUUAAUCCGAGUGAGAAUGGCUCGUUGGCCUUACUUGGAUACACUGGUCCCAAAGGAGCGGAUUGGGUAAAGCAAGUUAUUAGUAAGAGAGGCGAAGGUCCAUCAAAAAUCGUUGAAUUUUUCAUUACACCAGCUGCGGAGGAGGAAGUAAACGAGGGACACGAAGUGUUGUCAGACUAUGAAACGAUUAAUAUGGAUGAUUUGACACGCGAUUCACAAACUGAUAAUAAACAUACUGCUAUCAAAAGAAGUGCACGGUCUGUGAUGAGAGCUCUUCCUGAAGAAGAGAAAGCCAAAAUCAAUAAACUCGCUGAAGGUUUGACAGUGGAAAAGAACCGUCUGAUAACAGAGGUAAAUAAAUGGGAUGAGCAAGGCAAUGACAUUAUUGUGUUAGCAAAGCGGAUGUGCAUGGUCAUGAUGGACAUGAGUGACUUUGCAAGAGGUUCGGGUCCUUUAAAGACGACCAUGGAUGUUGUUAGAGCAGCUGAGAAAAUUGCGAAAUAUGGAGCUCAGAUGAACAAAUUGGCUAGUGAGAUUGCCGAAAUGUGUCCACAUAGUCACACAAGAAGCGACUUACUUGCAUAUCUUCAGCGUAUAGCGUUGUACUCACAUCAACUGACUAUUACCGCGCGUGUCAAAUCUGAUGUUCAUAUGAUCAGUGGAGAGGUUAUCAUGUCGGGAGCUGAGAACGCAACGUCUCUAAUUGAAGCUGCUAAAAACCUGAUGAAUGCUGUCAUCUUGACGUUAAAAGCAUCUUAUAUCGCUUCCACAAAACAUAGAACUGACGGAUUACAAGUUGUCAGUUGGCGCAUGCGUGCUCCUGAGAAGAAGCCGCUGUUCAAGGUUGACACUCUCAACAAAACCCGUCCUAUUCGUGCAACUGACUUUGAUGUAGCAUCCUCGCCAACUGAAGGUUUGAAUGAUUUCUUGUAAUGGGUUAAGCUUUGUACCUGGAUCCUAGUUUUAUACGUGAGAUUAUAGCUAUACACGAACCACGAAGUUUAUUUUACCCUGCCUAGAUGUAAAGUACAGUGUAUGCUACAUUGGAUGCACAAGCGAACUAGCUACCUUUUUUUUAUCUCGUCUUGAUUGGAUUUUUACCUUUUUUUAUUUGUUAUACGCAUUUUGCACCUUGACACUGUUGUAAAGUUUUAAAUGUGGAAAUUUUUUUUAUUAUUUUUUUUAUUACUUUUUUGUUGUUUACUUUCUCUUUAUUUAAGAAUAUUUUAUUGAAUUAUUUUGG